AUGCCAUUUUGUAUCGAAUCCCGCAAUGUUGAUAGUAAUCGUUGGGUUGAAAUCAACCUAGCUCACUCGGAAUGUACAAGAUCUAGUGCUAGUUUCUCUGAGGAUGCUUUUGCAAAAGAAAUCGCAAAGCCAAAGAAGAAGGUUUUUAAAAAUCAAAUUUUUUUUGUGGCCAAUGGAAGGUUUACCAGAGAAGAAAUUGAGGCUUACGAUUUACUGAGUUCGAUUAUUUUUGAUAAAGAAGUUAUUAAUUAUACAACCAUAGUGCGAGUUAAUUUCUCGGACUUUGAGGAUUAUGAAAAGUGUGCAAAUGAUCGAGCAUCAUUAAGAAUGGAAAAUGCUGGUUUAGCGUAUAUUCUUAAUAAAGUUAAUAUUGUCUAUGUCGAUAAUCCGCCACUAGUAGGACGUGCAAGAGAGAUUAAUAAGGAAGUUAGAGAGGUGCCCCGCAAGAGAUUAUUAACCUACUUAGGAACUUGCCAAAAUACAUAUCGACUUUCUAAUUUAGAUACCCUUAAUGAAAGAAUUAGGAAGUAUGCAAAUAACCAAACUCCAAAAGGACAAAAAGUCGCUAACAUUCAUCAAACAAUUGCUAACUUACAAGAACAAAUAAAUGAGUUAGGUUUAGAGGCAAGCAGAAUUAAUUAA